AUGACAAUCACGAAAACUGUGGGCGUUUUGGCGCUACAAGGGGCGUUCAAAGAACACGCACAGCUCGUACUGGCAUGUGUUCGCGAAAACGAGUAUCCAAUCACGGUUUGCGAGGUGAGAACAGCGGAAGAAUUGAAUCGCUGCGAUGCGCUCAUUAUACCCGGCGGUGAAUCAACAGCGAUGUCGCUAAUUGCACAGCGAUGUGGUCUUUUCGAUCCACUGCAGAAAUUUGUACAAGACCCAUCAAAAGCCAUUUGGGGUACCUGUGCGGGACUUAUCUUUCUCGCGCGCGAAAUCACAAGCGACGCAAAGCUGGUAACCCCGCUUCAAGCGCUGGACGUGGCAGUCCAGCGCAAUGCGUUCGGACGUCAGGCCCAAUCCUUCGUUGCCCAGUGCGAUUUCACUUCUUUCAUGACCCCAAACGCUAGCAUGCCAAACAGCGGAAAGCCGUUCCCCACGGUGUUUAUUCGUGCACCCGUUAUAGACCGUGUCUUGAAUGCAGAUUCUGUACAGAUACUCUAUGAAAUUGAUACACCUGCAGGCCAUAAUUUGGUGGUGGCCGUUAGACAAAAUAACAUUUUGGGGACAUCUUUCCAUCCAGAACUCGCCGAUGACAACCGAUUCCACGAUUGGUUCUUGCGCGAGUUUGUAUUAUAG